AUGGGUGCCGCUUCAAUCGGAAACAUCAUCAGGGGCACCCGAGGCCAUCUGUCCUCAAUCAUCGACUCCGUUUCACAGUGGCUCGGAUCCGGGGGUCGCGACGACGUGCCGAUCUCACUGGACAGUUGCCCAUCAACCCCGAUCGGAUCUUUACGCAGUGUAUCGGGUGCGACAAUGGCAGCCACAUCAACCGCAGACGAUCCCUAUUAUUCUAUGGAAAUUGGUGACACGCGAUUGACCGUGCUCAAGCGCUAUCAAAAUCUACGCGUCAUUGGCUCCGGGGCACAAGGGAUUGUUUGUGCUGCACAUGAUGUUAUCCGGAAUGAAGCAGUGGCUAUCAAGAAACUGUCGAGGCCCUUCCAAAACGUUACCCACGCGAAGAGGGCCUAUCGAGAAUUCAAGCUUAUGAACCUGGUUCAUCAUAAAAAUAUUAUCGGUUUGCUCAACGCAUUUACCCCGCAACGAUCCUUGCGCGAUUUCAACGAUCUGUAUAUUGUCAUGGAGUUGAUGGAUGCAAAUUUAUGUCAGGUGAUCAACAUGGAUCUCGACCACGAACGAUUGUCUUAUCUCCUCUACCAAAUGCUCUGUGGCAUUCGUCAUCUCCACGCCGCCGGAAUUAUCCAUCGAGUGAAAACGCCUUACACUUCUAUA